AUGCUCCCUCUUCUCACCUUCUUCCUUGUCCUCGCUACUAGCCUCGUCUCUGCUCGUCCCCUCCACCAACAAGUCACAGUCAUCCGUGUCGACAUGGCAGACUAUCCCCAGCGUCACGAGGGCCGCAUCCUCACAUUCUUCCAGUCCUUUUACGAGGGACCAGUACCUUCCAGAGAGCCAUCUUCACUGUGGGCUUGCAAUGAUGAGUUUACACAGGCUUUUUGCCGCGGCUCCUCGACAAGCCUGAGCAUGCUCCAGGUCCUUAUCGUCGUAUGCGUAAUAGCUGCUGUGGCAUAUUCGUUUAUGCGCCUCGCGGCUACAUGUAUCAAAAUGGACGAGAAGCAGACGGCGGCAAAGCAGGCCCCCUUCCCUGCUGACGAAAAGCAACCCCUGGUUACCGAUACAACCAAACCAGCGUUAUGA